AUGUCUGGAAGCAGGGGAGAGGCCAAUUUCGUGUUUCGAUGCAAGAUGUGCAAAAGAGAGUCAAGUGCUACUAUCAAACUGACUGGCAAGACUUACGGACCUGACAAUUCAGGUAAACCAGUUAAGGUCGCUGAAGUCGAUAAUCGGGGACUUGAAUUUGUCGAAUUCAUUGCUGACGGCGUUUUCAAGUGCCAAGGUGAGGAGUCUGGAUACAAGUUUCCUGAAGUGAACUUGGAUGAUGGUGAGUGGUUCGACUACGAUGAAAAGGCUGGUGAGGAGGUAUCCAUUACAGAGGUCAAGUGGGAAUUUGUCAAGGCCUGA